CUAACUCACUGCAAAGACCCGAAUUCGAAGACAAUUCCGCGAGUUGUGCAUAUGCCUGUCCGUCUAGUGAUAGGCGACAAUGUUUGCACUAUGAACUUAGCUCUCUAUCAAACAUGAGAUAAGCAGCUCGGACCACUGUACAGGUUACACUCUCAUCUCGUCAAGUUUUAGUCGUAACAACGGAGCAAACUCGCCUGCUCAACAAUAUUAACCAAACUCGUCCUCGGGGCCAUCUUCCAAUUGACUUCACUUUGGACAAACCCAGUGGUCCUGACACAAUGGCGUCCAAAUUUGACAACAUCCUAAAUUUCCGCGACGUCGGAAAGACGAUCAAUGCCUUCCUCGGCAAGAGAAUGCUCCAAGAAGGUGUGCUCUACCGAUCAGCACGACCAGACGAUGCGUCGCUCGCAGACAGACGGAAGCUAAAAGAUGAACUGGGCGUCAAGACGCUUAUGGAUCUUCGGACUAAGACAGAACACCUCAAACAAGCCGAGAAGCGACAAGCUGACCUCAGAAUCCCGGCCCUUCUGCAAUCCAACGCCGCACUGGCGGAACCGGUGCAGAUCCCCGGGAUGAAGUACCUCGAGAUCAAGAUCACGGGCGGCAAGUUUGAGAAGUUCAUGCUGAGCCAGCUGUCUUGGCUCAGUUACUUCAAAUUAGUCUUUCUCUACCUAACGGGCCGCCACACCGACGCCAUAAAGGUGAUGAGCAAGGAAGUCAUGCUCCCACGUGGCCUGGUGGGCAUCGGCUUGGACUCGCUGGACCACUCGGGCGAUGAGAUAGCUAUUGCCCUCCGCACCUUCACCACAACCCCUCCAUCCGUCCCCCUCCUAGUCCACUGCACCCACGGCAAAGACCGGACCGGCAUAAUCAUCUGCCUGGUCCUCAUGGUCCUACACGUGCCCGAGGAAGCCAUAGCCCACGACUACCUGCUCACACGGCAAGGAUUCGAAACCGAACGCGAGUCGCGCCUCAAGGAGAUCGAGGAAAUUGGACUUACUGCCGAGUGGGGAGACUGUCCGACGGAUUUUGUGCACAGGUUUCAUGAGCAUGUGCGCGGAAGGUUUGGCGGGAUCGAGGGGUACUUGGAUGGGAUUGAGUUCGGGGCCGAGGAGAGGCGGAGGUUAGUUGAGACGCUUGGGGCGUAGUUGGUUGGUGCUAGCUGCUGUGGGAGGAGGGAAACAGAGAGCGGAUUGAAGUAAGCAAGCUAAGCAAGUGCGGAUGAGCCACCAUACACCGACCGUUCAUGACUUCGGGCCGUAGACAUAUAUCUGUCUAUCUACAUGACCCCCUAAGUGAAGCAGGCGUCGGAUAUGGCAUUCGACUUCGCGGAGUAGUUUGACGGACAAAUCAUGCACUUCUAGAAAUCUGCAGUAAACAAACACGCAUGCGGUCAUGGUUCGGUUGCGAGCGCUUGGUGGAAGGUCACCUCUCACAUGUAGGUCGUGUCUCGUAUUCACUGCAACAUGGGAAUCACUUCCCGGUUGCCAGAUCAGUUA